CUGUCAUUCUGUCAUUUUUCGUCACCAUCGUCAGCGCAAUCUGUCAGUUAUUGUGUCGGGACCUAAAAUUUAUUGCGUUUUGUCUUGAAAUAUAGUCGCAAAUAUUUCCAUUGAGCUAUAUAAUAUUUAUUUUUGCUAAAGUGGCGUAUUAAAAUCGCAACCAAUGCCGCAAUUUGAAGAUAAUCCCUUUAGUGAUCCAACCAUAGACAAUCCGUUUGCUGAUCCGUCGGUGCAGCAAGUGGCAAGAAGUACAACAAAUGCGACCAGUGGUUUGGACGACUAUAACCCCUUUGACGGACAACAAAAUGCAAAUCAGGCUACGGGACAACAACAGCCCUCACAGCCUGCAAUCAUGCAGGCUGUGUCCCCGCCCGCUGGCCAGUACCCACGGCCGGCACAACCACAGCAGCCACAAGCUCCACCACAGAAUUUUACUACUGCUGACUUUCAACGGAGACAAGAAGAACUGGAACGCAAGGCGGAGGAACUUGCGAGACGGGAGGCUGAACUCCGAGCUGGUUCCGCUGGCAGGAGGAACAAUUGGCCACCUUUGCCCGCUUUCUGUCCAGUCCAGCCGUGCUUCUAUCAAGACAUCAAUGUCGACAUACCUCUAGAGUUUCAGAGGAUUGUUCGUCAUUUAUACCAUUUAUGGAUGUUCCAUGCGUUGGUGUUGGCUCUGAACAUAAUCGGAGCGAUGUCAUUGAUGAUUGCCGGUCAAGGUUUCACGAUAUUUGGUCUUUCAAUCCUCUACUUCGUGCUGCUGACUCCAUUCAGCUUCAUUUGCUGGUACCGGCCGAUAUACAAGGCGUUUAGAAGCGACUCAUCUUUCAACUUUAUGGUCUUCUUCUUUAUAUUCCUGUUCCAAAUUAUUAUAACGACGGUGCAGUCGAUUGGAUUCAGCGGUGGAGGCUCUUGUGGACUGAUCACCAGUAUAUCGGCGUUCGAGGUGAACGUGGGUGUUGGCAUCAUCACCCUGCUCGUCACUAUCGGGUUCAUCACCUCGGUGGUCGCUGAUGUCAUGCUCAUCGCAAAGGUGCAUCGUAUCUACAGGUCUACGGGCGCGUCGCUCGCUAAAGCCCAGGCUGAGUUCACAACGGAGAUCUUCCGCAACCAGCACGUGCAGACUGCAGCCUCCAGUGCAGCAGCCGCAGCUGUCAAUGCGCAGAUCGCAAACGCCAACUCUAACAGAUACUGAAAGAUAUCACAUACAAUUGGACUUCAACAGCAUUUAGCACUUUUGAAAAGUACAUAACGCUAUAAUAUAAUGUAUAGAGAUUCAUAUUUAUUUAAAUAAAGUGCUCUUUCUGAUUUUAAUCACAUUUAAUAAUUGUAGUAUUUAAUAUUGAUCAACUAUAUACUUGUAAAUGUACGUGUGAUGAGUUUCAAAUAAGAUUGUGCACGAACAACAUUGUGACGUCACAGCCCUUAAAUCGAGAACAUUACAGAAUCAGUUAACGUUGGUUUCUGAGACUAAAAUAUCUGUAUGAAACAUAUCGUCAUGUUUGUUGAGAUAACAUUAUGUUUUUAACAAAAAUAUUGGUCUUAGAAACCUACAGUAAAAUAAUCAUUUUUGAAGAGAGUUUUGGUAGAUCAAGGUCAUUGAUUAGCACAUUCUUGUUUGAGACAAUAUUUUGAUGUAUUUGGAUUUAAAAUAUGUUAUAAUUGUUUAGUUGCCUUUCCUUGUAGUUGAAUAUCACAUUACGUCUGGAGUAGCAGUUCCAUUUCACGUUUUUUUUUUUAGAAAUUCAAUUAUAACUAGAUUUUAUUUUAUGACAGCCAAAAUGGCGUGUGGCUGUGUUCUAUUUGUUAUUUUAACAUGUUAAUUUAUUAAAAAAUCAUUAAUAAUAAGUAAUUGAUAUGAAAAAUAAAUUUCUUUGGGAUAAUUUGCAUAACUUAUAUUAUGAAGUUUCGAGAUUUAGUUCGAAAUUUUUAAUAAAUUAUAUUUUUUCGCAAUAUUUACCCCUAAUAUUAGUUAAUUGCUAGUUAAAAAUAGUUGUGUUUAAACGAGCUUACUUCAAACGCUUUAAAUUUUAUCCUUCAUAGCAAAUCUUUUUUCUGACCCUUCUCAACAGUAAUUAAAAAAAUUACGGUUUAUUUAAAUUGAAGUCAAGUAAGGACAAGUACCAAGAUUCUUGUAUACCGAAUUUAUACAAGAUGCACGAAUUACACACUAUCAUUUAAAGUUUGUUCUAUUGUAAUAAUUAAAUUUAAAAAAAAAUCUACACGCUCUUUGUGUUUUUCGAACAUGUCGACUCUGAACAUCGUACAAGUCGUUACGCAGAAAACAAUAUGGAUGUCAUUACGCAGUUCAAGGUCAACCGCCUAAAAGAUUAAAAAUGUCUUACAGUCAAACCUGGAUAAGGGUAACUUCUAGAAGAGAGAAAAAUAUUGCGGUCUCUUGGACUCUCCGUUAUCCGGGUUCUACUGUAUACAAUUUUUUUUACGUGUUAAACAUUCCAAAAUGGGAUUAUAUUAACGUCUUUUCAUUGUCAUGGUCUAUUUUUCCUAAGAGAAUUUAAAUUAUGAUAUACGGUUAAAAUAAUCUUCAAUAUAAUCGUAUCUUAUACGAUCUUUGCGCGUAUUUUAAUUCUGUAGCCAUGGGUUUCUGAAACCAAAAUGGUCGUUUAAAACAUAAUCUUUGUCUUUUUAAAAAUAAUAACAGGGAUGAUAUGUUUUAUACAGAGAUUUUGUUGUCAGAAACCCACGGUAAGUAGUGUGUUUUUAUUGCUUCAUAUAUUUAGGCGAUUUACUUAAUUUUAAUUUGUUAGUUAUGUAUUCUUGUCCUUGCCUUAUAUGACGAUUAGAUGCACAAGACUUCAAUAUUGCGUUUGUAACCUUGUAUAAAAUAGUGUAAGAUAUAAAAAAAAACUAUCAAUUGACUAGUCAUUGGACACUUAAAUACCAGUGGUUCUCAACCUUUGUGUAUGUUUUUUUUUAUUAUUGAAAAAAAAACGAUUUUCCGCUUUAAAGCAUCUCGAAUUCGUAUUGCAUAUGUUCAAUUUAUCUUUAUCUUUCACUGCCGAAAUACAUGUAUAAAUAGAUAUGUUGACUUCUCUUGCACGAAGAAUGAAUGGGAAGGCAAAAUUUUAAAAAGUUAUUUUCCUCUUGAAAACGGACAACUUUAAUAUGAAAAGGUUGAGAAUCACUGGUAUAAAGGAACAAUAAACCUUGCUAUAAAAUAUUUACAUAUAAAUCACGUAAACCUCGUAACAGAGGCGAGCACUAAACUGUAUCGCAUAUACAUAUAUAUAUCUGGGCCUAGUAUAAUGUAAAUUAUUAUCAGACCGUCCUUACCCAGAUAAAUGGUAAGCGAAGGGAAUUAGAUGUAUCUAAAGUGUUUAACUGUUUUGUAACGAUUAAGUCAUGUUAUACUUAUGAUUAAUAUUAAAUAUAGUUUCCGAAA